UCAAAACUGUGGAUGGUUUAUGCAUAAGAUUCAGAACCUUCUAGGACUAUGAAAUCCAAAUGCAAGGGAUCUCCAUUAUGCUCUAGAAACUAGGAAGUCAAAAUGCAGUGGAUCUUAAUAUUUAUUUGUUCAUGGAGAAGCUCAUUUUGGCCUCAUCCACUAAAGCAUUACAGCUCGUAGCAUUUAUAACAUUAUCUUGGGGAUUUAGUUGUACUUGUGGGUUGUGGGGCUAUAUACUGGGGAUUUUGCCACAGAUCUGAUGACAUAAGUCUGUGCAGAAGUUAUUCUGGUUCACAUUCAGUUAUUGUGCUACUUCCUAGCAUUUUACUCGGCUUCAUUAGGUGAAUAUUUUGGACCAGAGCUCACACCAGUAACAUAAUGUCAGUUAACAAUUAGACCUCUAUAUAAUCCAUAUUAUAUAGUUAUCACUUGUUUAGAUGGAAUGGAUCCUCUUGCUAUGUUUGGAAUUUGUUCGGUGCGAGAUCCCAUCUCUCCUAGUUCAUGGUGUUUUUGCAAAGGAGUUCCUUCGCUUAACUUCAGAACUGGAGCUCUCACCAAUAUCAAAGCACUGGUUUUUGCACGCACCUUCCCGCCGAAUUAGGAGUCUGCCCUGGCAGCAUGAUUUGCUUGAGGAUAGCAUUAGAGCUGCAGGGAUAACAGGAUUAGAAGUUGGAACCAAGUUAUAUGUUUCAAACUUGGAUUAUGGCGUGACCAAUGAAGACAUAAGGGAGCUCUUUGCAGAGAUUGGAGACUUGAAACGAUUUGCUGUUCACUAUGACAAAAAUGGUCGCUCUACUGGCUCAGCUGAAGUUAUGUAUACCAGAAGAAGUGAUGCGUUUUCUGCUCUUAAGAAGUAUAACAAUGUACUUUUAGAUGGAAGGCCUAUGAAGAUUGAGAUUGUGGGUGCCAAUCCAGAGGUGCCUAUUUCAGCUCGAGUGAAUGUUACUGGAGCAAAUGGAAAGAAGAAGAGAACUGUUGUUAUGAUGCCUGGACCAGGUCGUGGAAGAGGUGGUGUUGUGAAUAAUCAUGGUUCUGGUCAGAGCCGUCGUGGGGGUGGGGGUCCAAGGAAUGGUAUGAGAAAUGGCCGUGGUCGCGGUCGUGCUCAGGGUCAGGGUCGAGGCCGAGGCCGUGGGAAGAAACAACCUGCUGAGAAGUCAGUAGAUGACCUGGAUAAGGAAUUGGAAAGUUAUCAUGCUGAAGCCAUGCAAACUUAAAUUUGAAAGCUGAUCACAACUAGACAUCAUAGUAUCAGCUGGUGUUUAUGUUUUUUAGAUCCACAAACUUAUGGUAAUUGCAGUGAUGGUAGCUAUUCCCCUUUCUGCUUCGUGACUUUUAACACUAUAUCUGGAAGCGUUAUUGUAAAUGAGAAUGUUGGUUGUUUUUUUCAUCUCGUAAUCAUCCUCAUUUUACCGUUGUUGUUUAUAUUUUUCUGUAUACACUGUUAACAUGGUAUUGAGCAUUCAAGCUUUCAUAUAUUAAGAUUGAGAGUCGAAGCAAGGAAUUAAAUUUUUAA